ACCCCCCUGAACAGCCCAUCUUCCGCUCAACUAGCGAGUAGUACUGCGAAGUAGGUUCUGGUUCGUUAAAGCACGUUAGCUGACUUCAAUUCCGAGGAAACCGGUUGCGGUUUAAAAGUUCCUUUUCGGCUCCUAGAUCACCACACCCAGGGCUUCCUGAUGAGUGACGGGGAGUGCGACUUUUUCUGCUUCUUCCGCUGCUGCUGAGCGCGCUCACCCGGCGCUCAGAGUGCCUCUGGGAAGCGCAGUCCAUCCCAACGGGGUGGGGGGGGGGGGGGACGGACGAGGAAAGGAGGAGGAGGCGGCAGCCAAUCCGAGUGAGAGCGUCAGGGCAUGUCCGUGGACAUGAACAGCCAGGCGUCCGACAGCAACGAGGAGGACUUGGGGGUGAACUCGGAGGAGGAGGACGAGGAUGACGACGGGGAGGAGGAGGACGGGGGCGACAUCGCCGACUACUACGACGGCGUGGCCGGCGACGUCGAGCAGCAGGGGGCCGACUCGUUCGACCCCGAGGAGUACCAGUUCACCUGCCUGACCUACCGGGAGAGCCAGAAGGUCCUCGGCGAGGAGGUCAACAACGUGGCCGCGGCCCUCAAGGUUUUACCUGCUGUAGCCAAACUGGUGCUGGUGCAUUUUCACUGGCAGUUGUCACACAUACUGGACAGAUACAAGUCCAACUCAUCCCUGUUGCUGUCCGAAGCACUGGUUCAACCCAGCAGCACCUGCAGACCUGUCCCUACAAGCCAGUCUCUCCAUUGCGGGGUGUGUCUUCAGCUGGUCAGGAGGGACGCCCUGCUCGCCCUGCCCUGUCAGCACUCCUUCUGCAAAGAAUGCUGGGAGCAGCAUUGCACUGUACUCGUCAAAGACGGGGUGGGAGUGGGGAUCUCCUGUAUGGCUCAGGACUGCUGCCUGCAGAUGCCAGAGGACUCUGUCCUGCCCCUGCUGCCUGGAGAGGAGCUGAAGGACAAAUACAGACGCUACCUCUUCAGAGACUACGUCGAGAGCCACUUCCAGCUGCAGCUGUGUCCGGGCGCCGACUGUCCCAUCGUCAUCCAGGUGCAGGAGCCCAGGGCACGCAGGGUGCAGUGCAGCCGCUGCAGCGAGGUCUUCUGUUUCAAGUGUCGCCAGAUGUACCACGCCCCCACCGACUGCGGCACCAUCCGUAAAUGGCUGACCAAAUGUGCUGACGACUCUGAGACGGCCAAUUAUAUCAGCGCACACACUAAAGAUUGUCCCAAGUGCAAUAUCUGCAUUGAGAAGAACGGGGGGUGCAACCACAUGCAAUGCUCCAAGUGCAAACACGGUAAGUAUCUCCACCCACCCCCAGCCAGCGCCACAUCCAGAACCCACCCUGCCACCCUCAUCCUGGGGCUUGACCACGCCUUUGUCCCCUCGCCCCCGUGCUCUCCAGACUUCUGCUGGAUGUGUCUGGGGGACUGGAAGACCCACGGCAGCGAGUACUACGAGUGCAGCCGCUACAAGGAGAACCCCGACAUCGUCAACCAGAGUCAGCAGGCACAGGCCAGAGAGGCCCUCAAGAAAUACCUCUUCUACUUUGAGAGGUGGGAGAACCAUAACAAGAGUCUGCAGCUGGAGGUCCAGACCUACCAGAGGAUCCAGGAGAAGAUCCAGGAGCGGGUGAUGAACAACCUGGGCACCUGGAUCGACUGGCAGUACAUGCAGAACGCUGCCAAGCUGCUGGCCAAGUGUCGCUACACGCUACAGUACACCUACCCCUAUGCCUACUACAUGGAGUCUGGGCCUCGGAAGAAACUGUUUGAGUAUCAGCAGGCCCAGCUGGAGGCGGAGAUUGAGAACCUGUCCUGGAAGGUGGAGCGGGCCGACAGCUACGAGAGAGGAGUGGGAGAGGUGGAGCUGAGCGCCAACGACAGAGGGGAUCUGGAGAACCAGAUGCACAUCGCUGAGCAGAGGAGACGCACCCUGCUGAAGGAUUUCCACGACACCUGAGAUUCCAUCCGACGGCGAUGCACCAGCAGAAUCCUUGCUUCCAUUCAGCCCUCCGCUGCCACACUCGCUGUGCCCUCUCCCCACCCCUCCCCACGACCCACAGGGCCUUCCCUCAUCCCCCCCACCACCUCCCUUCAUCCCUCGCUCACUAUGCUCUCACUCUCUCUCUCACUGGCUGUUGCAGGGUCUCAGAAUGACACGAUUGUAUCUCUCUCCCCCCCCCCCCCCUUCUCCUCCUCCUCCACAUUUGUCUACAGAACACCUCAUUCAAACACACACUACUCACCAACCAAUGAGAAAGCAUGCGCAUGCACGCGCACACAUACCUGCAUAGCAUUGUACACGCGCACACACGUUUUCAAACAGUCCUCUGGAAGAAAAUGAAAAAGUCAACACAAAUUCUUGAUUUGCCCUCUACUCACUUAGUCCUGCUGCCCCUUCUCCUCCCCCCCCCCCCCCCCCCCCCCCCCCCUUCA